AUGCCCCGGCUCGUACGUCGCCAACCGUUGGGGGAGCGCAUCAUGUCUUACUUGAACCCGUUGGACUUUCUCCUGUGGCUUUCUGGAGAGAUCGAUGCGAAUGACUGGGAUCAGUUCGAGAAGGACUGGGCGCUUCCUGUCGGGGUAGCAUUGAAUGUGGUCUUCUUGAUUGCGAGAGCGAAUAGCAGGCCCAGUGGCAGUGAGGCCGUGGAUGACGUCUUCGGUGAUGAUGGGGGAGUCCCCUGGCUGAGUUGGUUUGCGUCCUUCGUCGUUCACCUACUGGCUGGUUUCUCUGGCUUCAAUGCCUUCUACACCUUCUACCGCAAACGUCAUUACCGCAUGUUCGAAGCGUCAAUUGACCAAGCUCCCGCGACUCCUUCUGCUCAAAGAGUGCGUGUGGAUUCGACUCCCAUGGCAGCCUCCCCAUUGAAAUACUUUGCGAAUGCGAUUUCAGGGUCGGCCGAGUCGAGGGCGCAUCCCGAUGCGCAGCGGGAUGUCUGGGAGCUUGCAGUCUGGGAUCCGUUACCGGUUUGCGUCCGAAUGUUUGGCAUGUUUAGCCCGGGCCAUGUUCUGGUUUAUUGGCUCUUCCUGCCUACUCAGGUGUCUGAUCCUCGACCCAGCGUUACUAUUGUCACUACGUUGUUCUUGACGGCUUUGCUAUCGGUGCAAAUGUCUUUCCUAUCUUCGUCGUUUACCCAACAAGCAAAGGAUUCUGCAUUGGUACAUAAGGAAGUGCUCCGGGAGUACGACAAUAAAUACGUGCAUCCUCGUACGCAGCCUUUGAUGAGAGACGUUGGCACCCAGUUCUCUGAAGAGGAAGAGAACGCCAAUCGCGUUGAUACAUUUACCCCGACAUUCGUCAUCCAGCGCGGAUUCAAGACCAGCCCCCAUCCAAACUAUGUUAGCCAUGUCGACCCCGAAGGAGUCACUCCCAGACGUCAACCUUUCACAACCCCGUCAACUACAUCUUAUAAAACACCUAGCCACUUGCGUGAUGCCUCGCCUGCCGUACGUCCAUCUGUCACUUCUAUGCGACAGCCGCAGUUCAGGCCUGCCGCAACCAGCACUGGCGAUGGAGGUAGUCUUGGUAUCUAUUCUCAUGCCAACUCGCCUCUUCGGAAAGCUACGUCGACAAACCCUGAACGUCGUAUCCAGAACAGCGGAGACUUCUACUACAAGGAACGCGGGACUCCGUUAAAGAGAUCGUCGAGCCCACUGAAGAAGAGCAUUGUACCUGGCGCUGCGAGUUCAGCAGGGCAAUACAGUGCUCGUCGCGAUACUGGACGAUUUUAG